AUGAAACGGAGCAAAAUGGAUUCCGAUAGUAAUUCAAAUGAUGGUCAUAUGCAUAUGAGACAUCAUUAUAUUGAUGAUGGUGGAUCUGAUGACGAUGAGCAGCAAGGUCAUCAUUCCCAACGCUUAGAUGGUAGCGGUUUAAGAGAGAGUAUUAACGAUGGUAGUUAUGUUGAGCAACGUUAUACGGGACCAUUACGUGAACAAGAUCGAUUUUUACCGAUUGCCAACGUAGCAAAAAUAAUGAAAAAAGGCGUACCGGACAAGGGAAAAAUAGCAAAAGAUGCUAAAGAAACAAUUCAAGAAUGUGUAUCUGAAUUUAUUAGUUUUAUAACAUCUGAAGCGUCUGAUCGUUGUUUACAAGAAAAACGAAAAACAAUAAAUGGUGAAGAUAUAUUAUUAGCCAUGUUAACAUUAGGUUUCGAUCAAUAUGUCGAACCGCUAAGAUUAUUUUUAACAAAAUUACGCGAUGCAUCAAAAUAUGAUCGAACAAUAACGAUGGGUGGCGAUUUAAGUGAUGAUUUAAGACAACAAAUAGCUGCUUCGUCAUCAUCAACGACAAGAACUGGAGCCGCCAAUAAUGGAUUAGAACCCUAUGGAAGUUCACAAUCGCCAUCUGUUAAUCAACUGAAUACAAAUGAUUUUGGCGAUAAAUCCCCAUCUUAUCCAUUGUUACAUCAAAACGUUUUAGAGUUCGAGAUCAACAGCAAUAGUGUGAAUGAUCAACAAACGCAUUUGUCGCUACUAGAUUCAAUUAUCGACGAUUUAAUAUUUGAUUUUGUUGUUGAAUUACACACAUCAGAUCAAACCACUUUAGUUAAUGCUACCACCGACACAUUACAAAAACCAGAAAAUGGUUCAGCAAGAAAACGUCAAAAAUCUUUCAUACGUAUAUCCUCAGCACAACAACCAUCAGCGUCGACAAUAAAUAUUGCCAAAUUCACAGCUAUAUGUCCACAUUGUGGGCAAAAUAACAUUGUUGCAAUACGUUUUGCCUAUCAUUUAGCCAAAUGUCUCGGUGUGGGUCGUUCAUCUGCUCGCACAGCGAAGAACCGUUUAAUUGAAUACGGCAUGCUUGAUAAUAAAGAUGAAGAUGAAUAUGCUUAUAAUAAUGAACAUUUACCAACAAAUAAUGGAAUCUUAGAGGAACAGUACGAUGCUAGUUCCUGUACAGAUUCAACAUCAAGUUCUGUCACAUUAAUCCCGGCGAAUAAUACUCUUUUAGAGCCAAAAGUAAAUGGAAUUCGUCAUCGUCCAAGUGAAGAUGAGUAUAAACAAGAUUUUGAAGAUGAAGAAGAAGACGAUGAUUGGCAUCCACGAAAAAAACGAAAACGUCAGACAACUACCAAACAGCAAAAAUUAAGAAGAACGAAGAAAAAACAACAAGAACAGCAACAACAACAGCAACAGUUGCCUUCUAUAACUCACGAUGAAAAAAAAUUUGAAUUAGAAUGUAUUAUUCCAUUAGAAAAAGUCAAUCCAAUAACUAAAGAAGCUAUUAUUCCAAUAAUUCAAUUAACCAACACAACAAUUGCUCAUACAACAGCUAUUACACAUAAAACACCCGAAAAAGUACCACAAAAAAAUGUAUUUUUUACAACAAAAAAAUCUCCGGUAUAUACAAAAGUUCCAUGUGAUCAAUCAAAACUAUCGUAUCGUUUACAACCAUUUUUUAAUAUUUCCUCUCAAACUUCUCUGUCAACUUCAUCAGCAAUUCUACCCACAUCUUUGCCAACAUCGACAACCACUACGACAACGACAUUGUAUCCAAGUACAUCAUUUAAUCAUCAAUUUAUUUUAUCAUCAACAUUGGACAACAGUGCAAAAUAA